AUGUCCAGCGGCCCUGGAGGAGGAGGCGGGAGCGGGCAACAGCAGCAGCAGCAACAUAACACAAGCAGCAGCAGCAACAGCAACAACAAUAAUGGCACGACAGCAGCAACAACAUUAAGCAGCAGCAAUAACAGCAGGAGCAACACGCCAGCAACAUCAACAUCAUCGACUGCAACUGGAACGGGAACAACAUCCACACUUCAGCGUCGAAUCCUGCGCGGUCAUGCAGCGCAGACAACCAGUGGCGAACGUGUCUUGCUCAUCAACUAUGUGCCACAGUCGGGUGCAUCAGCAACCGCAACUACACAGAGUACAUCUCAAUUGCCCACCCGUAAGAUACUCCAGGCCAGAGCCACGGCAUCAGCAGCAGCAGCUAUAGCAUCAUCAUCUGUAGGGGGAGGAGGAGGAGGAGGAGCAUCGUCCUCUUCGCCACCAUCCACGCCAGCUGUCUCGUUUGCCGGACUAGGCUCCGAGGUGACCGUCACCUUGACGCGCACAAAUCAGCGCGCCAGCGUUACCAGUGUCACAGCCGCCGGUCAUAUUGUUAGGAAUCAGCAAGCAUCAACCUAUCACCAGAGCACAAACACAGCCACCACAGCAUCGACCUCGAGCGGCACAUCGGCUAUCCACGAGCACAUAGCCACAUCAACGUCGCCGCCGCCAUUGGUCUUCACACAUCAUCCACAUCAUCAUCAUAGCCAACAGCAGCAGCAGCAGCAGCAUGAGUAUCAUCAAGACCACCAAUUGGUAGAUCAUCAUCAGCUGGAUCAAGAGCACAUAAUUAUAGACCAUCAUCAGCAGACGGAGGAGGAUCAGUUGAUAGAAUACGAUGAUGGCGGAACGAUUGACGAGCAGCAUCAUCAGUUGCAAUUGCAGGAGGACCUACACGAUCCCCAGCAGCAGCAACACCAUGACGUUGUCCAAGAGGUGUAUCUCCAGUAAGAGAGAUUAGUAAUUAAGAUAUAGCGAGAUAAGUUUUAGCCAUUCUUUAUAUAACAAAAAAAAACAAAAAGAACAUUUGGGAUAGCCAAAAUGUGUGCAAACAAAAAAUCGAAUUUGCCAAAGCUUUAAUUUGGAAAUUUUUUUAAAAAAUUCAUCAGUACCCCUAAGUUAGUUAUCUUUUAAAUUUUCAUAAACCUAUUUUAUAUUUUAAUUGCACACAUUUUGAGAAAUACCAACACGGUUAGUGUAAAUAUAUACAACCAAUAUUGAUAAAUAACCUUAGAAACAAUGACUUUUUAGAAGGCAUUCGUUUUAAUUUGUAUAAAGUUUUCAGACAAGUAGGCAAAUAUUUUCCAAUGAAAGUAUUAAAAUUAAAAUAUUAACAAAAAUACAAAACAAAUGCAAUUAACUGGCGGUGUAUAAAGAUUAUUUUUGUACUAUACAAAUACCGCUAAUAAAUACUGGCUA